CGCACAUCCCGUGUCCAUCUCUGUUGCCUCUUUAUAUCCCCGGCGGCCAUCUUGAGCAGGAAUGGACACGUAAGGACCGUUGAGCAUGAGCGAGUUCUGGUUCUGCUUCAGCUGCUGCAUAGCAGAGCAGCCACAGCCGAAGCGUCGGCGGCAUAUCGAUCGGAGCAUGAUUGGCGAGCCGACGAACUUCGUCCACACGGCUCACGUGGGAUCCGGAGACGUGUGCAACGGCGUCAACUCUGUGAACUCUAUUCAGAGCCAAAUGCAGUCGAAGGGCGGCUAUGGGGAGGGAGAUGUACCAGUCAAUGCCCAGGUGUAAAUACCGACCUGGGGGAUCUGUACAUAGUAUGUGUGUGGUGACUGGCUGUGCUGCUUCAGGGAGAAAUUCACUCGUGUUUACCCAGCAGAUUGUGAGUCAUGAAACUGGUUUCAGAUCCAGCCCAACAGAGUCCAACCACAAUUCGUGACAAGCCUUUAUCACAAAUUUAAUCAGAGCAGAACAGGAGAAUGUAAUCCUUUCUCAAAAACUUAGAACAAAGGGCAUUCCUGUAAGGCUGUAUUUGCGCUUUUAUCCAUCUUUGUAAUCCAACUAGUGUGAGUUGUGGUGAUGGGGUCAAGCUUCUUUUGACUUACAGCAACUGCGUGUUACGGUGAAAAAAUGGAAAUGUCACUGUGAGGGCCAAACAUUAAGCACAUAAAAUCAAUAUUUCAAUAUUUACAAUAUUUCAAUGCUUUGUGUUCUAUUUAAUAUUCAACAUUCAAUUCCAUGUCUGAAAAUGAUUUUUGAAAAAGGGAUCAAAAGCUCACAACAGUGGUUCCCAAACUUUCUGGACCCAGGCCCUUGAACUUAUUUUUAAAUAUGAAAAUUAAAUGUUUUUAAACAUUUAUUUAUUUUUUUAAAUGUAAUUGGCACAGUGUUCAGUUUGCCUGAGUGGUAGGAAUGUCUGUUUUUCCCUCUUUAUAUUUAUCUCACAAGCCACUUCAGUGGCUUACACAAGUCACCAUUUGGUAACCACUGGACCGAAGCUCUCUGUAAUGGUAAUAUAUCAUCGUGUUUGUGUAAAGGUUGAAGUGAUGUCAAUCAUUUAUGAUGCUUCUGAAUGUCCAGUGAUGCAGCCAGAAAUGUGUAGCCAGCACAGGGGAACUAAAUCGUACGGUUGAGGGGUACUGACUGAUAGUGGUUGGUUGGGUCAUUGACUCAUGUUAGCUUACUUUUUCAGCAGUUUUCCAAUGAUGAUUGUGAAUCGUCUCUGUGAAUGUCAGCAGGUUUGUCUCACAAUUUCCUCAAAAAAUGAAAAAAUAAAAUUUGAAAAGAACAAUGUUACAUCCAGGCCUGCUCUACAGCCUGAGGACGAAGACAGAGUUGGUGUGUGUUGCCAGCUUGAUGCCAGUAGAGUACUAGCGUCUGCUUUGUCCCACCUCUUUGAGUUCUGUUAUAACUUUUCUAAUGCUGGAUCCUGCUGGCGGGAUCGUCACAUUCAGAGCCCCCCAUCACCCCCCCCCCCCCCAUGCUAAUACAGUGCGAGAUGCACAAAAAAACAAAAACUGCACGUGUAAUGAAUCCUGAAUAUUGGUUUUUCAUCGGAACAUGUUUAAGAACAAAAGUAAUAAUAAUUUAAGAGAAGUUUUGUGAAUGAGGGCCAUUGAUUCUCGCAUGUCUCUGAGCUUCGGCGUUCUUCUGAUUACUUCAGAACAGGCACAGACAUAGCACAAUAAACGCAACUGUGCACUUGCACAUUAUUCUUUUGGGUCUAUGAACUCUGCGGGAGGGCACAGGCAAGGACUGAAGGAACAGAAACUUGGCGCCGUUGAAUUGGACCUUUUACCCCUGAGCAAGAUGCUCAACCUCCAUUAAACAUCCGGCUGUGUAUACUUUGUGCCAAUAGUGAAAAAAGGAGAAUGAUAAAGAUGUAUUUCUUCCUUUAUCCUAACUUGCUACUACACCUUUAUUGAGAGCCGUCCACCCUCUGUGGGACUAGAAUAAAGAUCCACCUGUGGCCAGGGAACCCAGCUCAUAUUGAUAAAUGGAGAGUUUGGCACUUGAUUGCUGUGAGGUUACCUGCCUGCCAAAUAACUGCAGUGGCCUGUGAAUCCACAAAUAAUUUGAUUCCAUGUCCCCCACAGUCCAAUGGGAUAAUAGCUCAGUUCUCUGCAGCAAUUGACAGUGUGAAUCGUAAUGCUAUAUUUUUGUGCGAUUCACUGUGAGAAAAUGUAUUUUCUUAUUGUUGCUCAUUCAAGGUCUGGCACCAGCAGAUACAUUUUGAUUACUUUUUUUUUUUUCUUGGCCUCUUUGUCCAAUUUCUUCUUUGGUAAUCAUUGUGAAGUUUGGUCCUGGCUUUGCUAAAAGAGACUGUAUGGUGGCCUAGCAGUGCCAAAGUGUCUUUCGCUAUGGAAUUAUGUUUGAGGUAAAUUCCACUUGUGUAAUUUUUUUCAGUUAUAUUUUUUUCAUAAUAGUCAUUGGGGUUCCCAUUUUCCUUUAGGACAAUAACGGGCAUUUCAUUUUCAUAAUGGGUGGAGGGGGUUGAGAUAAUUCCAAGGGCUCUCACUGAAAGGGGGCCCUCAAAAAAUUGCUACAAGAGGAAAAUAUAGUGGUGUAAUCAUGUAGGGAUGGGGUGGCCUGGUAUGGUGGGGCCCAAUGUGAGAUCUUUUUUUGGGGGACCCAAAUUCCCUGCCGGCACCCCAGUCUUGGAGCCGUAAUGUGUCUGGCAGUUCCAUCAGCUUAAUGAACUAAUGUCAGUGAAGUUGUCAUCAACAAACCGGCUUGUUCAGCUUAAGGGCAUGUUGCUCAGGUAAAAAGGUAUAUUUUCAGGUAAGUAUUAUAUAGAGCAGUGUCUAACAUGAAAGCGCAUGUGUACAUUUAUGCGGGAAAUGUAAAUUACAUAAAUUUGCCUGUCCAGUUCACCUGGGUGAAUAUUUUAAUGGAAUAUCAUUGAACCAUUUGUACAGAAAAUGUAUUUGGUAUUUGUGGUACCAUGUAUGUGCUAUCUGAAAAUAGUGUCCGUAAACAUGUUUCAUAUCGGGGUCAACUGAUUAAAGUUAUGUCAAACCAUU